GGCUCCUCUCUGUAAUUCCGUUCAAACUUAUGCCGACAGCUGCCCUUAACCGUUACCGGUCCUGAACGAGCCGACUGUAGUAUCUAAAUUGGAUCGCGCAUUCGUUAGAGCUGACGAGCCAAAGCAACCAAAAUGUUCAACAGCGAGGAUAUAAUAGAAAUCUACUCAUUUGGCACUCAGCGACUGUUACCGGCGGUCUUGCCAGCUAGUCUGAGGCGUCGAGCGAGGGUCGCAUCAGUUAUCCGUGAUGAUCUCUCAGUGUUUGAUGACAGGAAAGAUUCAUCGAUCAAAGUUAGUAUACACCAGAACUUAAUCUUAGGGAUGAACCUUACGCCAGUAAACGUUGGCCUGCUAUAUAUCGGAGACAGGGAUGUCAUUGGCGGUCGAGGGACUGAUUCGAGGAGGGUCGCUCACGCUAUGCUCGACAUCGCUAAGUGGAUCGUCACUCGUGGAAUAUGCCUGACGGUCAUCGUCUUUGUACGAACACCCCAGGGGUCUCACAAUUUAUCGCGGUUGUCCCUUAGUGUGAUGGAGCUCAGCUGCACUCGAGACAUACCACCUUCGGUGCUUGUCAAGGCGAUACCGAACAAGUGGGGGAGGCAUCCCUGUUACGAUGGUUCGGCCUAUCUCACUGCGGCAGGAAAGUCGGCCGCCUCGAUUGUAACGGCGCGUGCUCUAGGGCUUUUCCCGCCAAAGAUCCAAAGACCGUUGUCCGUUGGAUUAACCGUCCGGUCUGCUUCGAAAGGUGAUAUCGUUUCCGAGUACACAGAUCACAAGCCGAACGCCAAAAGGCUAUUUCCCCUGAACUUCGAACUUUGUGGACUAGCAAAACGGAUCAAGCAAGAAUCGUGACAAGCUUAAGUCAGCCCAGUGAUGCCCAAAGUGUGCGUUUAUAUUUACCUAUAGGUACUCACUGUGAUAAGUAAUAUGCAAGCCAGGUAUUUAAAUUCAUACAAAAAUCGGUUUGCACAAACCUGAAAAAAAGAAAAGAUUUGCGGUGCCGUAUUCAGUUUCAGUAUUCCGUUUAACUGUCGGAAGUAGUCUUGUCGUUGCUGUAUGAAUCUGGUAAAGAAUGGCGCUAUGUUUUAACGUAUCAGUUGUUGUAAACCAGUUUGUGCCGAACGCGUGGCUUUUAGUUGUAUUUUGUGUUUUUCGACGGAUACGAUAUUAGUUUGCCCCUUUAGAAGUGUUUUACUUUGAGUCAGACGUAACAUAUUGCAACAUUUUCAACUAUCGUAUUAUAAGUACACAGAUAUCUUUAUUAGAAAAAUUAUUUUUAAAAAUGUCAUAGGAUAGAUUAAUUUAUGAACACCUAUAAAGUAAAGACUAUAACGUUUUACGGUAUUGUCUACCGAAAGUUUAGAAGCCAACAAAAAAUAUUUCUACUGUUUCGUCACAGUUGGGUCAUCCUAUGUACGUCUUAAUCAUAUAUGCAACCUGUGUUUUCUAGCAAACUGUUUUAGGUUGAUCGGUAAUAAUUUAGAAAAUGUGUAUGUUAUUAAUCCUGCCUGGCGACUUUUGAAGAAAUUCUCCUAACGUGUAAAUAAUA